AUGAAAUUUUAUAAGAGAACAUUACUAAAUCUCGUCAUGAAGCUGCUAGCGUACUUCACGGCAUCAAUGUUAGUGGGAUUGGCAUCUACCGGUCCAACCUCUAAUGAAGAUGGGAAAAUAGUCUUUCGCGAAGACUUCUUCGAUGAUAAAUUUAUCAUUCAUAGAGCCGAAUACGACAUUGUUAAUCUGUUAUUACCUCUGGAUAACGUUAAUUUUAAUGAAUAUGAAGAGAAAGAAAGUGACAGUAAUUUACUUUUCUUUGUCUUAGCUGAUAAUGAGAAUGGACAAAAAAUAGAUAAGGGUCUCUUUGCACUAAAGCAAGGUAAAGUAACAAAACUGCUGGACUAUGGAAGAGAUGCCGCUGCAGGAAAUGAUGAAACAAACAUUUACUUUGGUGCAAAAGAUGGGUUAUACUUUUACAAUCAAGAGGACAAUAAAGCUGAGAAAUAUGGCAAUAUAACAGACAGUAUCAUUAGCAUCGCUAAAUUCAACGGCAGUGAUAUUAUAUAUAUUUUGACUGAAGAUCAUAUUUUAUACAAAGUCACACAAGGUGGGAUGAGAAAAGAGAAAAUUGAAGAAGCAGUCAAUGCACAGAAAAUUGUUCUGGAUUACAAAAACAAUCUUUAUUACUAUACAACAGAUAAACAUGUAUAUAUUUUGGGUCCAGAUGGUGCCAAGAAAGUUACAGGUCUUGUCGAAGAACCAGCAUACAUAGAUAUCUUGAGACCGCCGUUAGUCGUUGGGGACGGAAUCCCAGUAAUACUAGACAAUGCAGUUUACAUGGUAUCAUCUGAUGGAACGAUCUUGUUAAUAUUACCGUUCUGUGAACACAUAAAAUCACAGAAUGAAGCUGCUAGCAUUUUUCACGUUUACAAUGCAUCUUACGACGUGGUCAACCUAUUAUUGCCAUUAAACGCCUUAAACUUUGAUGAUGAUACCGAUGAUGAAGAUGAUGCAUCUGAAGAUCCAAUGAGUGUACUAUUCUUUGUAUUAGCUGAUAACGUAGAUGGUAAAAGAGUAGACCAAGGUCUGUACAUUCGUAAGAAGGGAGAAGUAACAAAAUUACUUGACAAUGGAAGAGAUGCAGCUGCAGCAAACGAUGACACAAAAACUGCUUACUUUGGAGCACAAGACGGUAUUUAUGCUUACAAUGAUAAGGAAAACAAAGCUGAGAAAUAUGGUACAAUAACAGACAGCAUUAUCAGCAUAGCUAAAGUAAACGGUAGUGACAUCAUUUACAUACUGACUGAUGACCACAUUUUAUACAAGGUCACCGAAGCAGGUACGACGAAGGCAAAAAUUGAAGGUGCCGUGAACGCGCAGAAAAUUGUACUGGAUUACGAGAAUAACUUAUAUUAUUAUACGGAUGAGAAAAAAGUAUACGUCGUUGGCGAUGAUGGUAUCAAGCAAAUUACAGGUCUGCCUGAAGACCCAUCGUACAUCGAACUCCUGAAACCACCAUUUGUUUUAGAUAAUGGUGUACCAGUAGUUGUAAACGACCUUGCUUAUAUUGCGUAUCCCAAUGCGACUAGUGAAACGAGUGAAUUUGGAUUUGAGACCAAGCCUAGUGCUUACGCUCCAGAAGCUACGCUCAUCCAAUAUUAUGCUUACAAUAAGAAGAUUUACGAGUACAACAUAUUGACUCUUCUCACAACUAUUGUAUCUAGUGAGAUGCAAAGUUAUCUUGAAGGUAAGGCGGAAACCAUAUCGGAAAUUGCCACCAGGUCAAGAAGUGACUUAGUGCCAUAA